UUCAACUCCUCCUCCUCAUGCAUCUCCUUCUUCCAGACGGGUCGGGGAGUCAUCUCAACCUCUUCAGCAAUAAGCAGCCGCCCAAGAAGAAGAGGAAGAGCCGCACCGCCUUCACCAACCACCAGAUCUUCGAGUUGGAGAAGCGAUUCCUCUACCAGAAGUACCUCUCGCCCGCGGACAGGGACGAAGUGGCGCAGACCCUCGGAUUAAGUAAUGCACAGGUGAUCACGUGGUUCCAGAACAGGCGGGCCAAGCUGAAGCGAGACAUGGAGGAGCUGAAGAAGGACGUCACCUCCCACAAGCUGCUGAGCGACCACUCCGCCUUCAUCAAGACCAUGACACAGAUGGGUCUCCUCAAGCACAAGCCAGGCGAGGCGUUCGACUUCAAGAAACUGACCGAGUGACACCGCGCUUGGG